AUGCCCCUCACCCAUCGCCUCUUCCAGAACGCAACCGAUCCACCCUCCACCUCCGAACACCUCGAAGACCUCGUCCCUCUCAUAUUUGCCAAUUUCUCCGCGGCCGACUACUCGACUGCAUUUGCUGAACAUGGCCGAGGCCUUUUCGAGCCUCCAGUCAUUCCAUUCGGCACUCGCCCACUGCAAGAACAUCUCCGGGUCAAGGGAGAAUGCCAGCAACGGCUACUUUUCGAGGGUGUCGAGCGCUUCCUGGCCGAGCAGCGCGCAUUGCAAAAGCGGCGUUUCGUUUUUGUAUCGUUUCACCGGCAUCGGGUCGAGGAGUACGAUUCUCACAUCUAUGAUCAUCUACAAAAGCUCGCCGAGGGCCGCUUCUUCAAUUCGAUAUUUUCCAUCUUCCUAUCGCUCGAUCCGGGGAAGAAUUUGGGAAAUCAAAGAGCGCUCCGCCCCUUUUUGACCAUCUUUGCGUCGAGCAGCACGACGAAAAGACGGCUCGUUGAGAAUCGCCAUCGGCCGAUCACUCCCUUUGAUUUGCAUGCGACGCUGCUCGACUUGCUCGGGCUCAAGGAGGACGAGCAACAGCGGAAAGGGCAAUCCAUGCUGGAAGCGAUUCCAAAAUCGAGGGGCUGCCUUGCGGCUCAAAUCCCGUUGCACCACUGCACCUGCCAGACGCCAAGGAUGCUACGCGGCGAGGAGCUAGCCGGGAUUGAGACGGCCGGCCUGGCAAUCCUGCUGCACACACUUGAUUACCGCUGCGCCGAGGAGGACUGCGGGUUUUUGAAGGCGCCCAAAGUUGUGGCGGCAGAAUGGCGUACCCCAAACGAGGAUUUUCUCUCGUAUUCCGGCGUUGUGUCGAACAGUACCGAGACCCCGGUCUUCAAUGCUAAACGGCGGCCCGUCGAGGGGUUUCUCGAUAUUCGGCUUCAACUGCCUGGCGCAAGGAUUACGGUAGGUUGCCCAGAGCUUGAAAAUGACCGGAACGGCUACGGUACAUCU